UACAGAUUAUUUAGUAAAUUUCUGGCUUCGUUUCAGUGUACAAAUGGGUUCAAUCGUCGGCGUAUUCCUCGAUACCGGCAAAUGCCAUUGUCGGGGGCAACGAUGAGGAUGGCGCCAUGAUCUAUGUGGGUCGGGCUGAGCACGAGGGCGACAUGCUCGUCUGCAAGGUGAUGCCAUCGAAGCAAAUUGGAUACAUUUCGCAGCGCGGCGAGGCUUUGCCCAAGGACAUAUUCGAAAUGCUGUGCGGCGAGAAUCUGGUUUGGGUGAAAUGCUACGAUCACGUGAUACCCGAGACGGCGGUGCUCUGCGGCCGCACCAGCCUCGAGCAGCCGGUGUACAUUGGUCGCGGGCACUACGAGGGUCACCUGAUCAUCGGCAAAAUAUCCUCAGUGCAUCGCGCGCUGUUCAUAGCGUAUCGCGGAGCGGAGCGUCGCUUGGAUUCAUAUGAGAUACUGAUUGAGGAGCGAGGCGCUGCGCCUGGCUGGCAGCUGCCACCCCCACCUGAUGCAAUGGAGUUGGCUGAGAAAUGUCCGCAAACACCGCCGCCACCACCACCACCACCAGGAUUACUGACUAAGCCGCCAGUGGCACGUAAGCCGUAUCCCUAUCCGCCCGACUUUGAUGCGGUGCCCUUUUCUCUGCACGACAGACCGCCGCAGUAUACGCCCAUGCCGAUGCCCUCGCCCAGCACAGACCCGUAUCCACCGCCACCACCACCACCACCGGCCAUGGCACCGCCAACACCACUUGCGGAGCCCACCAUCUUGCCACAGUAUAAGCGACCGCUGGCUGUGCCAGUGCCCAUACCAGCCAAGCACUACGACAUGCCGCCCUCCUAUGCGGCAGCUGCGGUUGCACCUUCCACCCAUCAUGGGUCCACCUUUGUGCCAGCGGAGACAUAUAAGCCGGCGAUGAAUCUGGAUCCCUAUGCCCCAAGCUGCUCCAGCUACACGCCUGCUGUGUGCGCACCAGCUGCGACGACCAGCUAUGACCUGUGGAUGGCGGCCAGUCCCGGGUAUACACCACCAGAUGCUGUCUAUGGUGGACACGACACCGACAUGGCACCACUGCUGGUCUGCCGCGCCUACUACGAUGGCUCCCACAUACCGGGCAAGGCGGCGCCGAGUCGUGGCUGCGCCUACAUCACGCAUGCCGGCCGGGAGCUGGUGGAGUCGCGUUACGAAGUGCUCAUCGGGCAAUCGAAAUACCAUUGGGUGCCUGGCUACGAUGGCUGCAUCGCGGCUGGUGCUGUGGAGGCGGGUCGCGCCUUCAAUGGCGAGCCUCUCUACAUUGGCCGCGCCCACUACUGCGGCAGCCUGACGCCGGGCAAGAUACAGCAAUCGCAUCGCUGUCUCCACAUUCCAUUUGGCGGGCAGGAGGUGCGCAUCAGCAGCUAUGAGAUACUCGUACGCAGCGAAAUCUAUCAUCGCCAGCAGGCCAUCAAUCUUAGCUAUUGACUUGGAGCAGCAGAAGCAAAGAAAUGUUAAAGAGAUUUAUAUAUAUAUAUUGAAGAGCAGCUACCUCAAAGCCAGAGAGCGGGAGAAAUGGAGGAAACAAAAGGGAAAUGAAACGAGCUGAAAGAAAAUAAAACAAAAUAAGAAAUGGGAACAUUCUAAUAGAACCCAGAUAAACGUUAAUUUCUAUAAAGAAAUAUCAGGAAAAUGUUAUGUGGAGAAGAAAAGAUGUCUGAUAAGAUCAGAGCUCUAUAUUCUAAUAGUUAAAAUGUAAUACUAAGCAAGGCAAAGGCAAAGGAGAAAAGGAAAGGGAAAAGAAAAGAAGAAGAAAAGAGUAUAGAAAAUC